UCCAACAAUUACCCUGCGCUGCCCUUCACCUGGGCUGGGUGUUUCCUGCUGUUUGUUUUGUAAGGCAGGGGACCAGCCCCUAAGAAAUACGCAGGUUCUAUUUUCCAACCCAUGCGUCAGGAUCAACAAGAAUAAAAUCCUCCAGGGAUGAAAGGGUAACAAAACCUGCCAAGCAACUCUGUUCAUGUGAUUUCAGCCGGAGCCACAGCAAGAGAAGCAACUGAAGGAAAAAAAAAAAGCCAGGCUGGGCGCGGACACGGCCAGGACCUCUACCCCACAUGCGAGCCUCUCUCGGAAGCUUAGAGGAAAACAUUUCAAACCAUGGUAAUAAGAAGGCGACUGGAGCUCAAAACAUGAGCCAGCUGCGAGCCACAAAGCCAGGUCUUCUCGUGUGCGUAGCCAUUUGCAUCUUUAUUUUUCUUUAUUUAAGGAAUCCAACUCCUGAGGAACCAGAGGAGGAACCCACCUACCCAGCAGUAGUGGAAUGUGGCUUUUAUCCAGAUGAACUGUGUUCGGCUUUGUUUGAAGGGAAAGAGGUGGCUCCCCAAAUUGCAAAAUUCUGUAAAAACCCUCAUGGAUCUGAAAUACUUGCUCAUUUACACAGACCAGGAAAUUGUUCCAGGAUAUCCCAGGAGUUGCAUUUCAUAACCAGACCCCUGUCUGCAGAAGAGGGCACCUUCCCUUUGGCAUAUAUUAUAACUAUUCAUAAGGAGCUGGCUAUGUUUGUGCAGCUUCUCAGAGCUAUUUAUGUGCCUCAAAAUGUUUACUGUAUUCAUGUUGAUGAAAAGGCCCCCAAGAAGUAUAAGACUGCUGUGCAAUCCCUGGUUAAUUGUUUUGAAAAUAUUUUUAUUUCAUCAACGAGAGAGAAAAUGGCUUACAGUGGCUUUAGGAGACUACAGGCAGAUAUUAAUUGUAUGAAAGAUCUAGUCCAUUCCAAAUUUCAAUGGAACUAUGUCAUUAAUCUUUGUGGACAGGAUUUUCCAAUCAAAACUAACAAGGAAAUCAUACACUACAUCAGAAGCAAAUGGAAUGAUAAAAAUAUUACUCCUGGGGUAAUCCAGCCACCAAACAUUAAAUCUAAGGCAAGUCAAAGCCAUCCCGAAUUCACCCCUGAAGAAGAUAUCUAUGUAUCUCCAAAUGAAAGAUUCAAAGAUGAACCACCCCAUAACCUAACAAUUUAUUUUGGAAGUGCUUACUAUGUACUAACAAGGAAGUUUGUAGAGUUUGUACUAACAGACACCCGCGCAAAAGACAUGCUUCGGUGGUCUAAAGACAUCCACGGCCCAGAGCGACAUUACUGGGUAACUCUGAACCGACUGAAAGAUGCUCCAGGUUCCACCCCAAGCACUGGCUGGGAAGGAAACAUUCGAGCCAUUAAAUGGAAAAACAAGGAGGGAACUGUUCAUGAUGGCUGCAAAGGUCGCUAUGUCCAGGACGCCUGUGUGUAUGGACCAGGAGACUUGCCCUGGAUCAUUCAAUCACCUUCUUUGUUUGCCAACCAAUUUGACUCGACUGAGCCUCUUGUGGUCUCGUGCUUGGAGCGGUGGCACAGACUUAAAGUUCUAGGGCAGGCGGAGGUCCCUGUGGAACCACACUGGCAUUUCCAACAGGAGAGUCAUUUUAAUAUGAAAUUGAACCACUGAGCUGGAAGUUAUAGAGAAUGUUUGCUUUCUUACUGGUAUAAUUCUGUUUCC